AUGAAAGCUCUCUCAGAUUUCUUCUUUCAUCUCUACGCAAAGACCGUCGUCCUGCUGGUCUUCCUGCUUAUAGAAUUCAUCAUCCUCAUUCGAAAACUCAAAACACACACCCCUCCAAUUACCAUCUCCCAGUACCUCCAACUCAUUGAAGAGAAAAGCCCCACCGUUUGUUUCACCAGAACACUGAAUAUGGCGGACCAACUAGAGUGCAGGGUUUGCUUAUCUGAGCUUCGAGAAGGCGAAAAUGUCAGGAACUUGAAAUGUAAACACACAUUUCACAAGGAAUGCUUGGACCGAUGGUUGCUUCAGUUUUGGGCCACUUGUCCUCUCUGUAGGAACAGAGUCCUUCCAGAAGAUGUCGUGACCAGUUAUCGACGGCUUCGGAAUCAGAGGGAAUUGAUCAUCUUUCCCUUCUGGGAUUCCUCGGAAGAUUAGUGAUGUACCGUCUGCUGUAUGUAUGAAGAUUAUGGUAAAAGAAAAAUCCAACCUU